AGCUUUGGUUUCCGUUGGGCCCCAAUAGUCCUCGUUCUUGGCCAUUUGUUUCGAUCCACUCAAACUCAACUGACUCGCUCACUCAACUCUCAACCAACACCAACGGUCCAAUCUUCUCCACAUCUUCUUCUUCAUCGUCUUCCUUCCCAAUUCCCUAAUGCUUCUCUCUGCAAACACAACCCUAAACCAUCUCCUCCCCAAUCCCGACUCUCCUCCGAUCUUCUCUCACAAGCUCCACACCUCUUCCAAACUCCGACGCCCUCUCUUCGCCGCCAACUCCAGCUCCCUCCAAAACCCUAACUCUCUCCGCCACGUCGCCGCCGCCGAUGACGACCCCGAGGCCGCUCUCGUCUCCUCCGCCUCCGCCGUGGCCGCCGCCAUCCGCGCCGCGUCCACCUCCCCCGUCGACUUCGUCCAGAGGAUCGAGAAGGACCCAAAGUCCGCCUUGGUCCUCCCCGGCCCCGAUUUUCAGAGCCUCUGCGUCCAGCAAUUGGACCUUUUUCUCCGAAUCGUCAACCCUAACGCCCUUCUCUCUGUUUAUGUAAGACCGGCUGGUAGUUAUGUGAUGGAUCGUUUGGAGCUGCGAAGAGUUACUGCCUAUCCUGGAGUGAAUGCGAGCGAUGUUGUGAUAUUAGUUGGUAGUUUUAGCAUUCCCACCGGUCUACGCGCCGCGGAAGCUGUGCUUUCGAAUCAACAAGUGGAAUUUAUACCGGAGUAUAGGGCCGCGGUUUUUCCCAUGGUGAAAUACCCAUUUGUGGUGGGGUUCUUGGUUGCUGAAUUUUGCGGCAUGGAAAUGCCAACUCCAGGGAAUGUGCAGAGCCAAGGGUGUGAGUCUCCUCAGAAAGCUCAUGUUUUUCCCUUGGACUCUGAUGUCAAAUCAUGGGAUGUUCACACUUUGGAAGACGAGUUGCCGAGAAUGUACAAGUUUACUGCUGAGCAGAGAUCAAAUGCCAUCAACAUCUCUCAGUCUCUUGCAAUGGCUUAUGUGAUGGAUCAGAAAGCAUUGUUAUUACAGCAAUCGUCGUGGCAAAACAAUGUCAGGAUGAGUAAUCUAGUUGAGCAAAUUCGUGGUUCUCUUUCUAGCAUUCGGACUUUGGGCAAAAUGUUAUCCGUGCACACGAAAAGAGGUGAGGUUUCUUACGACAUUGUUGAGGACAUAUUGGUACAAGGUGAUCAUAUAAGAGAUACUCUCGAACAACUUCAAGAUGCUGUUUACUUGACAAAGGCUAACAUAGUACGGCAUAAUGAAGAGGCAUUGAAGAAAAUGCCGAAUUCCACUUUUGGGAAUCCUGAACAAGUAUGGCCCCACUUGUCAAAUGACUUUUCACUUGAUGGUUCCAGCACUAAGAUCCAAAGUCGAGGUGAUCCGCUUUCUCUAAAUUCUUCAUCUAGGGAUUUAGAGAUGCCUAUGCCACCUAUUGCGCUUGCUCCUCUAAGGCAACAUGAGAUAAGACCGUGUAAUGUUUCUGAUGUGCUGGCGGAUUUGGUAGAGGCUGUGAGGCCUCUUGCUCAUAAGCAGCAACGCCUAAUAAAACUAAGUGAACUAAAUGAAGUAGGACAAGCUUUGCAAGUUGCCAUAGAAGAACCUGCUCUGCGCCAAGCCCUCAGCAAUUUAAUUGAGGGUGCAUUGUUGCGAACACAUGUUGGAGGAAAGGUCGAAAUUGCAUGUAUGAGAGCACCAGCAGGUGGUGCACUUGUAGUAAUUGAUGAUGAUGGGCCCGAUAUGCACUACAUGACACAGAUGCAUUCUCUCACUCCAUUCGGAGCAGACCUCUGCUCUCAAGAUAUGGUGGAGGACAACAUGACGUGGAAUUUUGUCGCUGGACUGACUGUUGCACGUGAGAUACUUGAGAGUUAUGGUUGUGUAGUCCGUGUAAACUCGCCCUGGACUAAAGAUGCUGCACUUGGUGCAGGCGGCACUCGUGUAGAACUCUGGCUUCCUUGCUUUGCAGCAUUACCUGAUUUUGAUGGUUCUGCCCAGGACGUAUAGCGAGGUUGGAACCUGAAAGUUUCUACAAUAACAAUUCAUUUUAUGCCAUUCCUUUGAAUGCUUGUUUUCCUCCGCCAUAAAACAAAGAGCAAGGACUACCUGCUUUCAGUUUAGAUUUUGAGGGAGGAAAAGGGUGGUGCAUGCAACUUUUGACUUUUUGUCUUUUGGCUUUCUUGCCCUUGAAUAUGCACCAUGUAUGUAAUGUGGUUUAUAGUUGUAUAGUUUAUGUUUUCAUACUUUUGUAUGUACAGUUUAGAAUUCCUUAUAGAAUACUGAUUUAUGAAAACUGAGGGAAUGAUAUUUUUCUUCCCCGUAAA